CGGCGGACUCCGAACCCGCGACUUAUUUUUGGUAUAAUUUGUAUUAUAAUGGCCUAAUAUUUAAACAAGCUCAAGCUCAACGAGUAGGACAGCCGGCACUUCAGUUCGUCUCGGAAUGACUUUUGAUUUUUUAUAUGUAUAAUAUUACUACUCCCAAAUCAUCUUACAGCCAUAUUUGUUUUGGAACCGGGACGCACUAAAGGAUGCUGCCGCUGCGGGUCAGGUAAAACCAAACGAGUGAAUUCAGCCUAUUUAUUCCUGCAAUUCAAGUCUGCAUCUUUUCUUUUCUUUUUAAAAUACGGGUGAAGUGCGCUGUCUUUGGAAUAAAACUAUUCGGUGUUUGUUAAUUUCAGUUUUUAGAAAUAGUGUCUUUACUGCUACCGAGACAGAACCCCGGUGACAGAUGCUGCAGAACCUCCCGACCCGGGAGCGAACACACAGCAAGAGCCUCGGUAUGCAUCAAGUUCCGCGUGAGCAACUUUGAGUGUUGCAUCCUCUUUGUUAUAGUUUGAACCCCUUUGGAAUGCACUGAUCGUUUAUGUUUGGGAUUUAUUCUCCGAAUUUCUUGAACAAAAAAUACAUUUAUUGUAUUCCACCCGCAAAAAAACAGCCCCCAAAAAAGAAGACGUGGUUUCUAUUCCAGGGUAAAUGUGCGCAAACAUGUCUCAACCCCGCAGUCUGGUGUGAGACCUCCUGCUGACCUGGAAGCCAGAGGCAUACUCCCCCCACACACAGUUUAUCUUUAACAAAAACUUCCAUAACUGGAUACCAUGUUGUUGCUCAGACUCCUGGCCGUGUUCCUCUUCCUCAUCACCAACACGUGGCUGCUCAGCCCGGUGCGCUCCGAUGCGCUCCGCCGGUACAAACGCGCCAUGGCCCGGCGGGCGGACCGCGAGCUCUCCAGGCUGGCAGGUGAACCCUGCACCGUCUCCGGCGCCUGGAGGACCCAACACCGCCCUCAAGCGGCCCGUCCGAGGACGCGCACGACCCGCAGAGAGCUGUACACUGGCGAGAGCACUCCAGCGGCUUGUGCGGGUGGGUGUAGGUUCGACGCCGGGCUGCCGCGGGUCGCUGCGGCGGGGGAGGAGAGGCGAGGCUGGGCCGACGACGCCGAGGCUGUGGCGGUGGGAGCGGGGGGCGGCGAUGCGACGUUGUCCGCCGCGCACAUCUUGGAGAAACGCUCAAGUGAUGUCCGUGAACGCACCACUCAGAAACCCGGGGUGUCUUUGCCCGACGACGCAGGGCAGAGAGUCUCCUCUUCUUUACGCGCGAAGUCCGCACGCGCCUCCCGCUCCCGGGUCACCCGCAGCCUCGGCGGGACGUUUUCUUACGAGGACGACGGCAACUCCAGCUGGGAGAAAGUUCCCCCCAACAGCUCGACCGACACCGCGGGGCUCCAGGUCCUCUACAGGCUGCAGCAGCAAGGGGAUGGAGACCGGCAGUCUGUCGGGACCCCGGAGGACAGCACCGAGGACUACUCCGGGGACGUGGAGGAGGCGGAUUCGCCCGUGAGCCUGCACGUCGGCAGCUCUUCUCCCUGGGGGAGUCCUGUACCCAGGGUGCCCCCUUCCUCGAUGACCACCCUGUAUUUCGGCGGGCGUCGGGAGCAGCUGAAGGUGAAGUCGGCCAUGGGGGUGGAGCUGCCGAGGGCCACGUUCAGCCUGGAGCUGUGGGUGAAGCCCGAGGGAGGGCAGAGCAACCCUGCCAUCAUCGCAGGUGUGUUUGACAACUGUUCCCAUUCACUGAGCGAGAAGGGCUGGUCGGUAGGCAUCCGCACCGCGGAGCCCGCCGGCGCCAAAGACGCACGCUUCUACUUCACGCUGCGCACAGACCGAGCUGCGAAAUCCACCACCGUCCUCAGCCACCAGCGGUACCGAGUCAACGCCUGGACUCACCUGAUGGCCACGUACAAUGGCCACAACAUGAGCCUGUAUGUCGAUGGCGCUAAGGUGGGAGAAAGCAGUCUCCAGUCGGGGAAUCUCUACAGUCCCUUCAUGAAGACGUGCAGAACCCUCUUCCUCGGCAGUAACCAAUCGGAUCAGGGCCACAGCUUCAGGGGCCACGUAGGGGGUGUGGUCUUGUGGGGCUACGCCCGCUCUCACGGGGAGCUGCUGGGGCAGCAUCUUUCAAAUGACAUAAAGGGCGAGCCACUUUUGGCGAUGUGGGCCGACUUCACUAAGGCAAAGGAGCUAUGGACUCCUUACAAAGUUGGCCUGCAUCCGACCGUCAUCAUCACUCCCAUCCCCGAACAAGAACUUGUGUCCUCGUUCCUUCCGCCGCCCUGCGGCCUGACACCCUGCGACAACACCGACAUCAUCUUCGGCUACAACAACAAUUGGCAGCUCCGCGCCGCCAAACAAGUUCGCUACCGUGUGGUCAACCUCUCCGAAGAUGACGGCGGGAACCCCACCGUAUCGGAAGAUCAGAUCCAGCUCCAGCACUGGGCUCUGACAGAGGCCUUUCGCCCCUACAACAUCACGCUCCAUCUGAGCGUGCACACUGCCAGAAACUCCAGCUUUCGACAGCGGUUCAUCCUCAGCAACUGUCGAAUUGGGAAGAUCGGAAACCGCCUAUGUGACCCCGAGUGCGACCACCCGAGGACGGGCCACGACGGCGGGGACUGCCUUCGACUGGGGCCCUGCUACAACUGGAAGAGGCAGGAUGGAGUUUGUAACAUGGAGUGCAACAGCAUACACUACGAUUACGAUGACGGAGACUGCUGUGACCCGGAGGUCACUGAUAUCUACAAGACCUGCUUUGAUCCCGAGUCCUCUGAAAGGGCCUAUAUGAGUGUGAAAGAGCUGAAGGAGGAGCUGCACCUGAGCGGUGCCGACACGCUCAAUGUUUUCUUCGCCAGCAACUCGGUUCGAGAAGAUCUGGCAGGAGCUGCAACCUGGCCGUGGGCGAAGGAGGCUCUUACCCAUCAAGGUGGGAUGGUGCUUAACCCGUCGUACUUUGGCACUGUGGGCCACCACAACACCAUGAUCCACGAGAUGGGCCACAUCCUUGGACUGUACCAUGUCUUCAAGGGCGUGAGCGAGCGGGACUCCUGUGAUGACCCGUGUCAGGAGACCAGCCCAUCCAUGGAGACAGGAGAUCUGUGUGCCGACACCGCACCAACACCCAAAUCCAAAGCCUGCCGAGACCCCGGUGUGGUCAAGGACAGCUGUGGACUCACCAUGUACCACGACACCCCUUAUAGCAAUUACAUGAGUUACACAGACGACAACUGCACCAAUCAUUUCACACCCAACCAAGUGGCCCGGAUGCACUGUUAUCUGGACUUGGUCUACCAGAACUGGCUGACAGAGCUGCAGCCUGCCCCCAUCCCUCUGGCCCCCAUCGUGACGGACCAGAGUCCCGAUUCCGUCUCUAUCUAUUGGCUGCCACCGAUAAGGGGACCACUUUAUCAGGGCUCCUCCUUCCAGGUGUCUGGUGUCAAUUGUGCAGACUGUGAGACGGAUGGCGUUUUCCACCAGUAUGCCUCCGAGGCCACCUCACCUCGCAUCUGUGACACGUCGGGCUACUGGAUGCCCGAGGAGGCAGUCGGCCCGCCUGACGUGGAGCAGCCCUGUGAUCCCAGCCUCCAGGCCUGGAGUCCCGAGCUCAGCCUUUAUGACACCAACUUGACCUCGCCGUGUCCCGACACGGAGGGCUGCACGCUCACACUGAGCUUCCUCCACCCAAUUGUCCCACGCACACUCACACUCUGGAUCACCUACGUCUCUUCCAACAACCCGGCCGUGGCCAACGUGGAGCUGAUCACGGACGCGGGGCAAAGCGUCAGCCUGGGCCCUCAGCACGUCUUCUGCGACAUGCCCUUCACACUGCGCCUGGACACCCGCGGCGCCGCCAUCGCCGCCGUCAAACUGUGCACCUUCGACGAGAAGAUGGAGGUGGACGCCGCCAUGUUGUCCUCGGCCCCCGGCAGCCCCCGGUGCUCCGGCUGCCACCCGCUGCUGUACCGGGUGGGCCGGCGGCCGCCUUUCGCCAGUGAAACCCCGCCCCCGCCUCGGAGCCAGCAGACGUUCACUGACAGCUCUGUAAGACAGGGGGUCCAGUACCAGUACACGGUCCAAGUGGAAGCAGACGGUCUCCUCAGCGACGCCUCCUCUCCUCUCCUCUACACCCACGGGCAGUCGUACUGCGGGGACGGCCUCAUUCAGGGGACAGAAGAGUGUGAUGACAGCAAUCUGUUGGACGGCGACGGCUGCUCCAAGAAAUGCCGCAAGGAGACGAGCUUCAACUGCAAUGGCGAGCCGAGCCGCUGCUACGUCUUCGACGGCGACGGCGUGUGCGAGGAGUUCGAGCGCAGCUCCAGCAUCCGGGACUGCGGCUACUUCACACCUCUGGGCUACACGGACCAAUGGGCGUCCGCCGCCGCCGCUUCCCACCAGGACCCCGACCGAUGUCCCGCCCACGCCGCCACCGGGGAGCCGUCACUCACCAAGCUUUGCAGGUACCAGCACUUGGAGGGGGAGAAGCUGCCCACAGAUGCCUGGUUCCCCUGCACAGCCCAGUCCGACUCAAAUGACCUGGAGCAUUCAUUCUGGCUAAAGGUGGGAUUUGUCCAUCCUGGAGUGGCAGCUUCUGUGCUGGUGUACCUGGCUUCAGAUGGGUCGUGGUCCGGGGAGCAGUGUCGGAGGACGGCCACCAUCCUCCUGUCCGACACGACUGGGAAGAACCACUCACUCGGCACACAUGACCUCUCGUGCCAUCGGAACCCAUUGGUGGUGAACGUGACCCAUGACCUCUCGCAACCCUUCUUCGUUACGGCCUCGGUCAUCCUCCUCUUCUCCUCCCCCUCGGUGGCUGUGGGAGGCGUGGCCUUGAGGACGUCCUGCCACUUCAGCUCCUUCGCCCUGACCGGCUGUUUGCGACAGCCGUGCCAGCUGGACAGCUGCGUACCCCCCCAGCUGGAGCACGCCUCGGUCAGGUGCACGGGAGGAGGGAAGUCCUCUCACUGCUGGGUCCAGUGUCACCGCGGGUUCAGCAUCACGGUCCUCGACAGCAAGGGAUCCCGCCCCCCCCACCAGAGAGAAUCGCAGUUGAAGUGCUUCCACGGUUCGUGGGAUCAAGUCAUCAGCUGUCAGCCCGUCGACUGCGGCCCGCCCGACCAGUCUCACGUCUACCACGCCAUCUUCAGCUGCCCCUGGGGCACCACCUUUGGGAAGCAGUGCUCCUUCACCUGCGGAUCACCAUCCAUACUACAAGGUGACAGCGACAGGUUGGUGUGUCUGGAGGACGGCCUGUGGUCUUUCCCAGAGGCCUACUGUAAGAUCGAGUGUCCUGAGGUACCGGAAACACCCGCCGCCAAGCUACUGACGGCGGACUGCGUGGCCUCAGGACACGACGUCGGCUCCAUCUGCCGUUACAAAUGCAACCCGGGCUUCUAUGUAACGGGGAGUCUCAAGAAGAAGACGCCACGGAAGUACUUCAAGUUGGAGUGUCUGGAAGGGGGACAGUGGGAGGAAACUAACUGUGAGCCAAUAUCCUGCCCGGCCCCACCUGAUGUAUUCCAGGGCAUGUACACCUGCACCAACGGCCUGUACUACGACACCCGGUGCACCCUGCAGUGCCCAGAUGCCACGGAAGAUAGGGAGAUCCGCUGCACUAAGGAGGGGGACUGGACGGGCGAGUUCACCAUGUGCUCCAAGCUCCACGGAUCGUGCUCUCCUCCCGCCGACCUCAACUCUGUAGAGUACAGCUGCGACCAGGGGAUGGACGUCGGUGCUGUUUGCUACCCAACAUGCGUUGCGGCUUUAGACAUGGAUCUGUGUGACCCGGUGGUUCUGCCCAAUGGAGCUACAGUUGACUCUUUACAGCACUGGAUGCUGCCCACCAAAGUCCAGAGCAUAGUCUGCACCGGGACGAUGAAGUGGUACCCUGAACCUCAGGACAUCCAUUGCAUCCAGUCAUGUGAGCCUUUCGGAGGGGAUGGCUGGUGUGACACCAUCAACAACCGGGCCUACUGCCAGUAUGAUGGAGGGGACUGCUGCCCGUCCACACUCUCCACCAGAAAGGUCAUUCAGUUCGGGGCGGACUGCAACCAGGACGAUUGCACUUGCCGUGAUCCGGACGCCGAGGAGAAUAAGAGGAGAGCCAAGGACUCUGGAGGAGGAGGAGGAGGAGGAGGAAUGCAAUAAGAUGGAGGGAUGAAAGACGCUGAAUUUUUGCUUAACAGUCAACCCACAGACCACAAUUACACAAACAACAAAAUAUGAAACUUUUCACAUUUUCAAUGCGGAGAAAAAAAACUGCCAUCUGUCGUUUAGUUUCAUCCGAAGCAAUCUUUGUCAUUUUGAAUGACACCGCAUGAGAGUCACGGUGGUUCUAAAGAAACGGGAUUCCUUCCCGCACGAACAUCCGCACGUGAACACAUUGUUUCUUUCUCCUGUGAAGAAGAUUGUGUCAAAAUAACUGUACAUACCUUCCAAUCAGGGCUACUAUUGGUUCAUGGAGCCGAAACACGGAAGUAUUCCAAAGUACUAACUCCAAAGUCUUGUCCGAUGCAGAUUGAAAACCAAGUGACUUGUCAGAUCGAAGUUGAGUGGGCGAAGCUGACUUUAAUACAAAAACAACCCAAAAAACAUAAUCUCUACCGUCUCAUUACCAAUUAUUUCCAAACACUCCGACAUCUCCUUCAUCAGAUCCUUAAGCAAUGUCAAAGGAAACCUGUAAAGACUAACAUGUAUAGACUAAUAUAUUUGGCUCACCUAACAUAUCUUAACUGAUCACGUUUUAGGCAACACACUAUUUAUACCACAGAUCCAGUAAAGCAAUCUUCCCAAACAUGUAUAUUUUUUCUGUAUGUACACGGCAUUCACGUCCUCUUUUUGGGAAUUACAAACGAUUAAUUCCUUAUCGAAAAAAAGGGGAAGUCGGGCGAAUGAUAAAUAUCACUGUCAGAAUUAUUAUGUAUUUCCACUGGAACAAAGACGCACUUAAAAUUGUAAUGUUCGAGUCAGAAAAUCAGUGGUUGAAUGUUCAGAUAAACCAAAAAUGAAGAUACAAAAAUAAAAUAAAAAAAGACUUGAAACUUGUCUCCUGCUUUGCAUGUAUGUAUGUCUGGUUCUGGUGUUCGUUACCAAAUGUUGUAUCCAAAAAAAAGGACACAAAAAGUAAUCCGUUCUCUUGUGAUAUUUUACAGUACUUUAUACUUUGUAUGAAAUAAAUUGCAACUUUAUAUCGACCCUUAUAAAGUCUUGAUUGACUGAUUCAUUAACAGUG